AUGGGCGAUCCUGAAAAUUGGGAUAAGAGGGAGACAAACAAAAGCAUCCGUGGGGGGGACGGCACGAAUAGCGGCAGUGAGGAACGCAUCACUAGGGAUGAUCUUGCAAAUAGGAAUGAGCUGACCACGCGGGAUGAAGCCUCUGCUGGAGACGCGAAGAAGAAGACGGCAUCCCAAUUCAGCAUCCUGGAGCAGCUGUCCAUGCUAAACAAGAGAAAAAAAUUCUCCAGGGAAGAUGGAUGGGAGGUAAUAUCAAACAUAUCGAAAUAUUCAUCAGACCAUAACAAAGAAACGGAAAAGAAAAAGAUUCUGAUCUGUUUAGGCAACAACAAUUUUGGCCAACUAGGGUUCCAGGAGAACGUUAAAAUUGGUAUAGUAGAUUUCUCCACGGUGGUAAUUAGUAAGAGGUACCCUGCUAAUGAAAGGAGCCGCCAAACAGGUGGUGAUGAAACCAUAGCUUGUGAGACGAUUGGCGGAAAUGAUGGCGGCAGCGAAACAGUUGUCGAAGAAGCUCCUAAUGGUGAAGCGAAGAAAACCCCCGAAAGACGCAAAAGGUAUAACGACCUCGCCAGGGAAAUCAAGCGGCGGAACAACAACUCCUCUUUUUACAACUGCCAGUCGAAUAACACGCUCAGCAAAAAUGAAAUAUACAACGACAUCCUGACCAGACUCCCGAACGACUUUAACAUUUCCACGAUUAAGAAAUUAAAAAAUGAUGAAAAGGUUGGGAAGAGCAUGAGCAAAGGGAAUGUGCACGACUUGCUAGGAAAUAGACCUACAACGAGCGGUAGCGGAAGGAAGAACAGAAGCGUCACUAGUGAGGAAGAAAUGAACAACAGAAAUACGCAAAAUGGAAAGCGCCUCAUAAAGGAGGAAUCACGUGGGAAGCUAUUCUUGCGCAGGAAAAAGGACAGCAUCGGGAAUAGGAGGACAGGGAGCGUCCGGAUCAGCCUUAGUAGAGGCACUAACUAUCUCAGAAGAAACAGAUACAAAGAAGGGGCAAUGGAGGAGAAAAAGAAAAGGUUCUUUUCUGAAAAUGAAAAGGACAAGGACUACCAAAGAAGGAUCCAUCAGUAUAGUGACUUUUUCAAAACGAGUGAAUAUGUAAUAGGAGGCAGUGGUGGCAGUUCUGCUUUGGGAGGAGUCCGUCAAAGCAGCCAAGCGGAUAUCCAACGCAAAGUGGACAUGCUAAAACAGAUGGACACAAGCAAUAGCCCCAACAGUAAUAGGCACUUGGUAGAUGGAGGGAACAAGCAGGGGGAGGACUACCUCUACUUCAACCCAGAGAUAAUAAACUGCGGGAAGUACCAUUCCGGGGUGGUUAGCGAAAACGGGUUUGUCUGUCUGUGGGGGUUGAACUGCUACGGGCAGCUCGGCACCGAGAAGACGGUGCUGUCCCCCUACAUACAUAAAUUAGUUCCCUUGAAGCAUUUCGGAUAUAGGCAUAAAGUGAAGGACAUAAGUUUAGGGUCGUUCCACACGUUACUACUCACGUAUGACGGGUUCGUUUUUACCUUCGGGUGCAACAAGAAGGCGCAGUUAGGGCUUCCAAAUGGGUACCACAGGAAGGUGUCCCACACGAGCAGGCCGUUCCUCUUACCAUUGGUGGUUGUCGAACGGGGGAUGCAGAAUAGCCACCUACGCUAUGGACGAACGAACACUUUUUUCUUCUCAUCAAAGAAGACCUAUGCGAAUAUCGCACACCCAGUUAUUUCCAUCACCUGCGGGGCGUACAACAGCGCCUUGAUCGACGCAAAUAGGAAGCUGUGGAUUUGGGGCUGGAACAAGUUUGGCCAGAUAGAUAACUCCUAUGCUCUUGAAAAAGUGAAGAGGAAAGAGCGGGAAGAAGCGGCACAGGUGUGCAAGACGUGCAGUAAGGGGGGAAAAAAUAUAAGCAUGAUGAGUCUGAAAAGGAUAAGCGAAAUGGUACAAAAGGGGGGAGAACAUAUAAAAAAAAAACUUACAUCCAAGGAGUUACACGUGGAAGAUGAAGAAAUGCAUAAGGACAAACAAGGGAGGUACAAAAAAAGUAACAAACUUGUAAAUAUCCCGAGAAAUGUAAAGAUAAAAAAUAAAAAUGUCCUUCAGGUCAGUUUGGGUAAGUACCAUAGCCUUUGCCUGACGGAGGACAAGUCUGUGUACAUAUGGGGCUACUUGAAGAAAAAAAAAAAAAAAAAAAAAGCAGAAGAGGAAGAGAAUAGUUGUUCGUAUGUUAUGGCCUGCUGUGGAGGUAGCGAAUACUACAGGAACAUCACCAUUGUUACGGAGAUAACCUGUUUAAGUAACCUGUACAUUUCGAGCAUUACCUCCUCCAGCACACACACGGCAUUCGUUGCGCCGAUUACGUAUAUCGAUGAGAAAAGUGUGGACUCGCAGGGGGGACCCAGCAGUGCCAUCUCAACUGGAGCGGAAAAAGUGGGAGACAAGUUCAGGUACAACAUUCUUCUGAAAAAUGAUAGCUCCCAUUUGUUGGAAUAUUAUUCUGAGCAGGUCGUAACAAGAGGAGGAGACAACAUUUUUUACGUCAAAUAUGGAGACCUCAUUCAUUUGAUCAGCAGACCAUCCCAAGGAGGGGAAAGUCACAUUGCAGGUGAGGGUACCCACCCAAGGGAGAACGUCUACCUGAUAAAUAAUUCCCUCCAUGUGAGUAAUGUGUACAAUCAGGAGAGUAAUUAUUACCUCAAUUUUAACGCUCGAGGGGGGCAUACUGCUGCAAAAACGGAUGAAGCAGCGAUUAACAGGAAUGCCGAUCGAGUGAGUAAGAUCCUGCAACCACUCCUCCUCAGCAAUAACAACAACCUGAACCGAGUGGAUUUACUACAAAUAUUUCAGGUAGCCAUGGGGAAGAAUUUUGCCAUUUUUUUAACCUCCUCUCCAUCAAUUAAUCGUAUUUUAAACAAAAAAAAAAUUGACUACAUAAACAACAUUUGCUCCUUAGACGUUUUGCGUAAUAAAAUCCCCGAGAGAAAUAUUUUUAUCAUUGGCAAGUCGGACUUCCAUCACAUUAUCCUCCCCAGUAACUGCAAGCAGACAAGCAUCCCAAUCUGCCUGCACAAGAAUAAGCUAAUAAAUGAGGUUCUCCUACGGAAUAAGAAGCACAAUUUUUUAAAUAUAUCUAGGAGGAAGAAGUACUCGGAUCAGAUUAGCUACUGCAACAAGUUGCUAAACUUGAAAAAGCUGCACGGGAAAAUAAAAAAAAGCGUCACUAACUGUAGUCUACUCUACAACGAUAUAGACCAGCAGAGGUGUCCCCUCAUGUUGGAUUCCACUGCUGGGAACAGAAGUUCGCUAACGGCUUACAAGCUGAACUCGAUGAACUGCAGCACAUCCAGAAGUAGGAGCAGGAAGUCCAUCUCAUACGUGCAAUCGUCCAGCGACCGGGCCAGCAGCAACAACAACAACAUCUUCCACUUCAACUUAAGGAAGAGGAGGAACAGGGCAGUGCGGGACAGCCGGGGCAAGUUCACUUCCUCUGAGGAUCGCUUUUCCGGAGAUCGAGAUGGUAGAAGCCGUGUGAGCAGCCACGUCAGCAGUAACCAAAAAGGGAGCAGUAGAGUUAGUAGCCGAGUUAGCAGCAACCAAACCCAUGGCAACCACGUUAGCGGUAACCGAACCGAUGGUAAACGGGACUCCUUCCGUACAACACCCCAACCUUCGCAGAGCUCUCACCAGACAUACGCCUCCAUGGGGCGAAUCAACCUCGGUACACAUGGAGAUGCAAACGAUUCGGAGGUAAGCAACCAAGAGCGUGCCCCCGGAGGGGAAAAUAAAGAGAAGAAGGAAAGCACCCCCCCGAUAUGCAAGGAACAGAAGGAUAAUUCGUUCAGUUCAUCGAACGAGGGAGAAAUAAAGAAGGAACACAAUUCGCAAAACGGAGCCCAUUUAGGGAUGUCAAAUAAAGAAUCCAACCUGUGCGAUGAACCUGGGGAGUACUACCCCAUUGGUAAAAAAAAACAGGCAAGCAGUGCGUGGGACACACAAAAUGGUGGCAAACAUUUUUCACACAAGAGCAGCAGCAGAAGUAGUAGCUGUAAUAACAACCUUUCGAGUGGCCAAGAAGGGGGAAGAGCUAACAAUGCCAUGGUAGGUUCUUUUUCCAUCGUGAGGAGGACAAAAAAGGCUGAGAUGUGCAGGGAGUACACAACGGAUGGGAAGAAUAACGAAAGGGAUGACCAAAAGGAGAGUAAUAACCCCCCCGCAAAGGGACGGCGCAAAAGCUCCACAUGCGUAAAUAAAAAAAAACUUUUCAGAAAUAUGAUACUGCAAACUAUCGAUAACUUAAGUGAUAAUUUUUUAAAUCAGAAAAAUGGAUGUGACAGAUUGCUUGAUUGUGAACAGGUUAAAUUAAAGUUUAAAGUUUUUAAAAGAAGGAGGUCUUGUCUGUGGAAUUAUUUCACGUAUCAUCAUACGAAAAGGAAGUGUCCCUUGGGAUUUAACUUGUCUGAAAAUAUCGUAAACACAACGCUGCUCGAUGUGGCCUGUGGGGAUUACCACUCACUGAUUUUGUUGGAGGUGGACACGCUGACGUGA